UCAAAAACGAACACAGCAAAGAGCAAAAGCUUAUGCUGUAUGCUCGACUGAUGGAUAGUUAAGAUUUUCCAAAUUAAGUUGAUUAAAUUUAAUUAUAUUAAUUCGAAAGUGUUUUGCCAAUUAAAGAAUUUGGGUCUUAUCCCAGGGUUUUUCGACCCCCAAAUCUUUAAAUCUCAGCAAAGUGUUCGGACUACAAGCAAUAUUUUGAUAAAAUGGAAGUGUUUAUGUGUGAGCAUCAACCACUGGAAAAAAUCAAUUUCAUCUAUACAGAAACAUAAUUAAAACAAAAGAAAGUUAAGCUCCUAAAAAGAUUGCGAUCAGUUUUAAUUGAAAACAUGACUGAAAAAUCGAACAAAAAAUCCAUUUUAUAUAAUUCGGAGUCAACAUCUUGUGUUGAUGGGGAUUUAAGUAAAUCCGAGGAGUUGUCAAAGGUAUCUACAGACGCACAAAAAUCUCAAUGUGAGAAAAAAUCUACUGAUGCAGAUUCCUGGAUAGACCAAAAGAAAGGAUUAGAUCCCCAGCUCUCUAGAUUUGCUGAUUACUUUGUUAUAUGUGGCUUGGAUUUGGAUACGGGACUGGAACCGGAUCGUUUUGCUGGAGACAACUUGCACUGCUCACCAUUGGAUAGAGCUUACAAAAGCAAACCACUUGCCCACUAUCCUGAAAAUGUUGCAUGGAAUCCAUUUGAUUCUCAUGGAAUAUGCAUGCUCUCAUUGCCCCAAGGACUACGAUUUAGGACACAAAAAAAUGAUUUAGAUCCGAAAUUUCAUUCAUUUGCAACGACUCGAGAGGAUGGAAAGCGGUGCCAUGGAUUUAGCUUGAUAUUUUUUGAAGAAGUGAGGAAUAGAAACAUUUGCAGUGCAAUGCACACUUUGCAGGCAAUGUUUAUAACUGAGCUUUCUAAUGGACAAAAUACGAUGAAUCUUCGUCGAGUGAGAGAAAGUCCUGUGAGCAAAUCGCUACCAAGACAUUUUAAAGUGGCUGGACAAGCUCCGCAGUCGGCUUUAAGUUAUUACGAAAUAACAAAGGAUAAACUGUACGUGGCGAAAAGCAUAUCUCUUAUAUGUCAAUUUCCAUACGCGUUUGCUGCAGAAAUAUUUCUUAAGAAUCUUUACAGAUGUCUUCCUCGACAAACUGGUGCCGGACUGAGUCUCGAAUCAUACGUGUACAAUAUUUUAUAUGAAGUGAUAUUACCAAAACCCGGAAAAUCUAUAAGAAUAUACUUGCCCCCUGAAGAACCGCAAUUGUCGCCUACAGCUUUGGUGCUUCAACGUCCGGUGCCAAAUGAGGAACUUCCACUGUUGGAUUUUUCCUUGCGAUUGCUUUUUACGUAUCUGGGAGUAGAAUGUGUUAUUCAACUCCUUACAUGUGUGCUGCUUGAAAAUCAAAUACUACUUCGUUCUAACGAUUAUCAAAAGUUAAUGGUUGUUGGCGAGUGUAUUACUUCUAUAAUAUUUCCAUUCAAAUGGCCUCACGUUUAUGCCCCUAUUCUACCUGCAGCUCUUCACCAUUUUUUAGACGCACCAGUGCCAUUUGUUAUGGGACUCCAUGCUGAUUGCGAAGCAAAUACGAAAGUUGGAUCAGAGGCUUCGCUCUGUUAUGUAGAUAUUGACAAAAAAGUCAUUCAGCUUCCAGAAGAAUUGCCCGUUUUUCCUCACAAAAAUGAUUUUAUAGCAGAAAUAAUAUCGGUGCUUGAUAAAUUUAAUAUUGAUCGAGAUAAAAGUUUAGAGCCGAACAUACGAAAUGGCACGAUUAGUUGCAGCAGACGAAGCGAAUUUGAUGGUAUGACAUCAAGUUGCACUUUGCCGUCUGGAAUGCAAGCCAGACGUAAACAAAUCAUAUAUGAAGCUCUAGCGACUCAUGAAUCAAAUAGCCACCCCCACGUAGAGUAUCAGCCCCUUAUUGCACAUCCCAGGCUUGAGCAUGUUCCCCGAGUUACGGACUUCCUAAAACGCAAGAGCGGUGUGAAAUCGGAUAUGAGUGUAGAUACUACUGAUUCUAUGCCUCAAAACUGUCGCAAGCAUAAGGAAACAUCUCCGCCACCAGUUAGUCUUCAAGAAGAAUACAAUGAAGACCAAAGAAUAAAUAACUCUGUGCGAGAAAUUUUCUUAAAUAGAUUUGUUCAAAUGUUUGCAGCCUAUGAACACUUUGUUAUCUAUCCAAACCAAGAAAAAAGCGAAUGGUUAUCAAACAGGGAGUCCUUGCAAAAUUUCGACAAGUCUUCUUUUCUUUCAGACCAACCAGAACACCAUAUCGCUUUCUUAUCCAGGUUUUUAGAAUCUCAAAUGUUUGCCACUCUUAUUGAUAAUAAAAUUAUCUCUGUGUGGGAAACAGAUCCGGAUCCAAAUUUAAAGUUAUUUGAUAGCCGAAUUAAAUUGCUUAGAAAGAGACAUGGAGGUGAAAGUAUGAUCCGUGCAACAAGCUAUGAACCUUGUGUGCUCAGCCAAAAAACCCAGCAAAUCCUUGAAAAGAGGCUCAACACAGUUGACAUGGAGGUGACGCCACCCAGUGAAAUUUUAUCAAAUAGACCAGCGUACUUUCGAAGUUUUCCUAUUUUAGAGAAAUCGGUUCUAAAUCAGGAGUGCACUUCGAGAGGUAACAGUUUACGUCGUGUAAAAAAUGGCACGAAUUGGCGUGCAAAAGAUAUUCCUUUGGAUGUUAAACCAACUUCGAGUCGAAACUCUGCAAAUCUAUCUACUACAGAAAUGAGUCCGUCCUUGAUUGCUCAAGCCAAUUGGACUUUUGUGGAACGUCUAUUGAAGGACAUAAAAGCAAAAACAAAACGUAUGCUCCUCGAGAAGAUGGGAAACGAAGCUGUAGCGCUUGGUCUGAAAGGAGAUGGCUCUUCAAGUGGUGUUGAAGAAAAUACUCUUAUAGCAUCACUUUGUGAUUUGCUUGAGAAAGUCUGGUCACAUGGACUACAAAACAAACAAGGAAAAUCUGCACUCUGGUCGCAUUUGCAUGCUUAUCUUGAAUUACAGGAAACUCGUAAUCCUUCAAAUACCAUUUUGAGUAACAGUUACCUUACUACAACCCCAGCACUAGCAUGGAGCGUUAUGAGGAAAAGAAUGGAUUAUCUGUCUACUAUUCGAGUUGAACCGGAGUCUCCACAAAGCCCUAACCGAAGCAGGUCACGAGAUCGAAAAAAUUCUGUGGCAGCUGAGCAACUUUGCACCUUACCAGAAUCUAUUGAGUUCGACAUUAAAAAUGUCCUAGCAAUGACUGAUAUAAAAACACAUAUAGGCUACACUCGAGCUUGGGUCCGACUGUCUUUGGAAAAAAAACUUUUGUCUCGACAUUUUCGAACACUGUUAUCAGAACAAACUUUAUUAAGAUCGUUGUACAAAAGAUCGGCAUUUUUGCGUUGCGAAGAGGAAAAAGAGCAGUUUCUUUAUCACUUAUUGACCCUUAACACUGUUGACUAUUGCUCCUUCACUAAUACGUAUCCUAAUUCAAAACUGCCUUAUCGCGUGGUCAUUUUUCCAUCGAGAAAAUAUGGGAGUUAUAAAACUUCAAGUGGUGUUUGGAUUCGCAUUUCUGGUACUUUGACAGAAACUCAGUGCAUACCAGUUCCCAAAGGUGCACUUGAAUUUAUUUUUCACUAUAAAAACAUCGGCAUUCUUACGACUAUGCGCAUUGGACAUGAUAAUUCUGGGCCCUCCAAUAAAUGGCUGGUUGAUCUUGUGGUUAUUCGCAAUGAGGUGACAGGGCACACCUACAAAUUUCCUUGUGGGCGGUGGCUCGGAAAAGGUGUCGAUGACGAUUCCACAGAAAGACUGCUGGUCGGUCAUCGUGUUUUGGAAAAUGUUGAUAAUGUUGAACUUAUGCAAGAAUGCGGAACACCUCCUAGAGCUCGAAGCCCUAGUAUUCAGAGGAUUGAACUUUCUUCUUCAGAAAUUCAAAAUAAAUUGGGCACUUGUGUCAAUGUUGUUGUGAAGUGGCACUAUAAACCCAGUCGAGAAAGAGAUGUUGGAUCACUAACAAAUCUUUUGUGUGGUGAAGAAGGAUUGGUAAAAUGCUUGGAGCAAGUGUUUUUGUAUGGAUUCCGUUCGUCUCGUUUUUUUAGUCGAAAUAUUUACAUAUGGGAUUUUCUUCUUAAAUGUAAAGAGCAUUUCGAAGCAAACAUACAACAACAGGAACAAACUACGCAGACUAAUGAACCAGCUAACCGAGUUCAUAAUGCUUCCCAAAGGAAUGAAAUGGCGGUCGUAUGGCGUUACUAUGUUCACUUGCUUAAUGAAAUUAACGCAGCUGGAAAUACUCUUGGCAAAGAUGGAAAAUUUCAACUGUUCAUUUGUCUAAGUUUAAGAGAUCAUCUUUUAACACGUGUUUUCGUACCCCUGUCGCUCACCAAAGCCACACAAGAAAUGUAUGAUGAAGAAAGUUUUUUUAAACGAAAGGGACUUUUAACAUUUUUAGUGCAUAUACUGGAGCCUCUCGACGAUUUUCAUAUAGUUUUGGAGAACACAAUUACAAAAGGAAUAUCUCCACAACUAUAGUUCACUCUUAAUACUCGAAGAAUUGUCUCGUAUACAAUCUAAUACUCUUAGAAUAAGCCAGCAACACACAGCUGAUACAAUUAUUGUAACGAUAAGUUUGUGGUUUUUGUUAGCAUUUAUAAAAAAAGUGCAACUAGCUCUAGUCGUUGAAAAGUUAUCAAUAAGUUAAAUUGAUUUGUUGGUGUUAACUAUACAAAUUUAUCUCUCUAGAAUUCCAAAGACUAUGUAAUAAUGUGAAUAUAUUAUGUGCAUAUAUAUAUAUAUAUAUA